AUGUCUCUGGACAUCCAUCAGGGGUUUUCCCGAAAGUCAUUCUUCCUCACGGGAGGAAGUGGCUUCAUGGGGAAGGUCCUUCUCUUUAAGCUACUGAAGGAAUUCCCGGAUCUGGAUGCCAUCUACAUUUUGAUGCGGGGAAAAAACUCACGCCGGCUUAAGCGCUACCUCGGACCGCAGGAACGCCUCGAAAAGGAGGUGUUGGGCUCCCCCUGUUUUGAUCCUCUUCGAGAGGCCCUGGGCGCGGAGGGGUUCAAGGCCCGCAGCUCGCGUCUCAUUGGGGUGGAAGGGAACAUCCAUGACGAUCGUCUCGGCCUAAAUGACAAGGACUGUCAAAGGAUUUUAACGUCGGUGAAUUACAUUGUUCACAUGGCCGCCACGGUCAACUUUGAUGAUCGCCUCACUGUUGCUGUGGACACAAACACUUUGGGUGCCCUGCGUGUUCUUGCGAUUGCCAAGGAAUGUCGAAAGCUGGAGGCCAUGGUUCACGUUUCUACCUGCUAUGUGAACUAUAAUCUUCGAGGGAGCACAGUGGAGGAGCGUCUGUAUCCGCUGCCGUUUGAUCCAGAGGCUAUGUGUAAACAUAUUCUUGCCCUGAAUGAGAAUGAGGUGGAUGAUGUAUCUUCACGGCUGUUAAAAAAGUAUGGCUUCCCCAAUACGUAUACUUUUACUAAAUCUAUGGGGGAGCAGCUGGUGUAUGCGAGAAGAGGCAAUUGUCCCGUGUCGAUUGUUCGCCCAUCUAUUGUGGGCUGUAGCUACAAGGAACCAUUCCCAGGCUGGGUGGACGCCCUCACGGCUGCGGGCGGUCUCUUGUUGACGGUGGGGAUGGGUGUGGUGCGUGACGUAUGCGGCCGUGCGGAUGCCGUUUCCGAUAUUGUUCCCGUGGACUUUGUGGUCAACACGAUCAUCAAGGUCCUUUUCAAGACCCAGUACCACUACAAGGGCCAGGGAGUGAAGGUGACGAACACAGUGCAGCCACAACGACGGCAUGUGGGCGGGGCGCUUCUCAACGCCUUGGCAAAGGCAGAGCUGCCAAAAAAGAAUGGCGCAGGCGGCGUGGAGGGCGUUGCCCCAUUGGCAGUCAUUGCGACCCAACAAAGGCAACAGCAACAACAAGAACUACAACAACAACAACAACAACAACAACAACAAACUCAAUCCCAGCCGCAGCGGGAACAGGAUGGGACGAUUUCGGUUCCCGCAACGUGCCUGACCCCAUCGGAGGCACCGGGGGCUUCUCUUCCGUUUGUUUAUCACGCCGCGACUUCUUCGUCGCUAAACUGCGUGACAUGGAGGCGUCUUCGCGAUGCCACACGGUUUUAUUGGAAUGGGAAGAAGAAGCACCCCAAGGCGUUGUCUCCCAUGACGGGGGAGAUUAUUGAGUCCAACAUUAAGUACAUGAUGCGCUUCAUUCUGUUCCGUGAACUGCCGUAUUACGUGCUUCGUUUCGUGGCAAAUCUUCCAAACCCCAUUGGAUCAGAAGAAAAACAAAAGCUCGUUGAGAGACUUGGACGGGCUGUGUUUCGCUCAAAGGAUCUCAACCGCCAGUUCCGUGCCUUUGUCCUACAUGAGUGGGUUUUUGCCACAGCACACACAGAAUUGCUGGAUGAUGGUCUGAACGAGCGCUCUCGCUCUGCCUUUUACUUUGAUACGUACAUGAUCAACUGGUGGUUUUACGCCCAGGUGUACGCACAUGGCAUUCUCAAAUACAUUGUCAGGGACGUGGGUGGUUUUGAGUUUCCGGAGCAGCCAAGCAUCCCAACCGAAGUUUUCAAGAGGGCUUCCUCACUGUAG